AUGCAAGCUACCUGUCCGUCUUCUAUGCAUCCUCAUCUUUUCACCGCCUCCCCCGUCCAAUUAACUUACAACACUUCAAAUCCAACUGUAUUCCUUCCCUAUCUUCUAUUCGACGCAUUCUUGAUUCACCAAAAACCACCUCAUCUCUUUCUUAUUCUCACCGCUCCGUCUGAUGGAGGGCUUUUCCCAGAUUCGUUUGUAGCUUUCGCUCCAUCUCCACCUUCUAAGUUUUCUAAUAUGUGUGUUCAAAAAAGACUCGAUUUUCCGUCGCCGACAACAAAUCAGACCCUCUUCAUUGUCAAUCCCGUUCUCAAUCUUUCAACUUCUACCCAGAUGAACGAUUAA